UUGGCUCUUCUUCCACACACGCGCUCAAUUCAAUCUGUCUGCUCAUCGAUAAAGACGACGAGAGACUUCAGAUGCAUUCUCACUUUGGAAGCGAAAGCAUUGCAAGGAGUAAAUAGUACACUUGUUCAGCAUAGUGUUGAACUUUAUUUUGAUAUACUUUAUUUUAGGGAAGUUUUAUUAUAUCUAAGUAAUACAAUGUCGACGAUGCCCAACCGUAUUCGUCCUUCUCAAAAGGAAAAUGUACAACGGCCCAAACAGGGUUUGACUUCAAGAAGUCAAGUACCACGACGAGCAGCUCUGGGUAAUAUUUCGAACCAGGUUAGAGUCCAGCCAUCUAGAGCCGUCAAGGGACCACAUGAGACCAAAACUGGACAAGAUGAAAAUGCCUUCGUUCAGCAAAAAGUAUUUGGAAAGACAAAGGCACAACCAUUUACCAUCUUUGUUGAUGAGCCACAGCCACAGCAGCCAUCUGCACAAUCAGAAGCAACAUCCUCAAGCAGAUUUGACCUGGAAGAUAUUGAAAAUCGUCUUCCAAGUAUUGAUGAUGUUGCUCCUUUGCCAGAACUCUGUCCAGCAGCAGCCCAUGAUGACUCUAAAUCAUGUGCUUCCCCAAUGUUGCUUGAUACAUCUGUGAUGGACACAAUUGAAGAUGAAAAUUUAGUGGAUGAUGCGCAGACCGGAGCAGUUGCUAGGGCUGCCUACAUACAGGAUGUUCCUGAAUACGCAGAAGACAUCUAUGACUACAUGCUGUCCACAGAGAAUAAACUGAAACCACGACCUGGCUUUAUGAGACGUCAGGUUGAUGUGACCUCCACUAUGAGGGCAAUUUUGGUGGACUGGUUGGUUGAGGUGGCAGAGGAAUACAAGCUGCACAGAGAAACUUUGUUCCUGGCAGUGAACUACAUUGAUCGCUUCUUAUCUGUUAUGUCUGUGGCAAGGCCAAAGCUCCAGCUUGUUGGAACUGCUGCAAUGUUUUUGGCUUCGAAAUAUGAAGAAAUCUAUCCACCAGAUGUUUCAGAAUUUGUGUACAUCACUGAUGAUACAUACACCAAGAAACAGGUUCUGCGCAUGGAGCACCUGCUACUAAAGGUCCUUCAGUUUGAUGUGUCUGUGCCAACUGUCAGCUGGUUUUGUGAUCGUAUUCUACGUGACACGGGUGCUGAUGAGCAGACUCAGUAUCUGACAAUGUAUCUAACAGAGCUGGUACUCGUGGAGAUGGACACCUUCCUCAAAUACCCUUCUAGCCUAGUUGCUGCUGCUGCACUUUGUCUAGCAAACAUCACUCUUGAUGUUGAAAACCCUUGGCCUGAGAGCCAUAAGAAGUCUUCUCGCUACUCCCUUGAAGAGCUGGCAGCUUGCUUGAACGAGAUGCAUACCUUGCACAGGCAAGCUGAGGAUCACCCUCAACAGUCAGUUCGUGAGAAGUACAAGCUAACCAAGUUCAUGCAGGUGGCCUUCAUGCCUCCUCCCGCAGCCCUGUCAUUAGUAGGUGUGUGAGUUUCACCAUCCACAAGUUUUACUUCACUCUUUUUAACUUGUGCCACCAACACUGGCUUAGCAGGUUCUUGCAUCCUGGAAAUGGGAUCAAAUCUGCAAUGAACUGGUUCUUAGAUUUGAGCACUUAGUCACAGUGUCUCACUGUUGGCUGAGGGCUAAGGCAGCUGCAUGUUACCAAGUGCUCCUGACGUUUUCAGUCAAGCUUGCUUAAAUGUCGUGGUCAAAGUGCAAUCAAGUGUGUGCCUGAGAGUUGGCAGAAGAUGUACGAUCUUACGCUGAACAUUUCUCUGAAAUCAUGAAUAGUUUUUAUGCCUGUUAUACAAUGCUGUCAUUGGUUUUAAUCAUUGGUUUUAAAGUUUGAAGAUUGGAACAGUGUCCAGUUUUACAGCAUAUACUAUUUUAGAAAGGAUCAUUAUUACUGCAUUAAAUUUUGUCGCUGUUUUGCUGCUUUUAAACAUGCCUGAUAAUUUUGUGAACACUGAAAGGAGCAUUUUUACAUUCAAAAGAAAGAAAUUUGUGAACUGUUGAAGCUGUUUCAUCGUUAAUGUGAUAAUGCAUGUUGCUAAUAUUAGGCACUGUUUGAUUUUCAAACCACUAUAAUCAUGAGAGAAAACAAGAGACAGCCUGGCCAUGUUCGUGAUUACUCUUUCUGCUGUCUUUCGCUUUUUGUUUUCAUAUAUUAUGUACCUACAGAAGCUUUUCUCGUCUUUCCACUCCCGAAGAGCUAUUCUCGUCUUUCCACUACCCCAGUGCUCAAGAACUUUUCUUGUCUUUCCACUUCCCCACUGCCCAAGGACUGUUCUCAUCUUUCUGCUCAUUCAUAAACUAUUUGUCUUUUUUCUCCCCAUAAGUGUACAUAUCGUAUGUUUCCUUCACAAAUGUUAACUGGCAUUCUUUGAGAUUUCGUACUGGACAUUCAAAGAAUGCCUUCAUAGCAGAAACCACAACUUUUUCGUCGUUCUCCAUGUUAAGGUGCCUGGACCAUCUGGUACAAGCUCAUUUCAACACCAGGUUUACGUCGAAAGUAGAAAGUAGCUGCCAGGGCUGUCCAAAUUUGUUUCUUUGUCUUGUUUGUAUGAGGCAAUUUACCGGUCAAUGAUUUGGUUCAUCCCACAAAAUGUAUUAAAAUUGCUUGUCCGUAGACUGUAGAAAGUGGCUAAUGUACAGUGACUUUUGUUGUCGGUAAGACAUCCAUGGUCUGAAUCGUGGUCAACAUAUCUGUCCAUGGCUGUCAUUUACCAUUUUCUUUUAAUGUUUAAGUACCUAGCAUCUAAUAAAGUAUAAACUACA